AUGAAAAUUCCUCUGUUUUCAUGGCUUUUCUUAAUACCCUUUUACUACUUUUCCAUCAGCAUCAACGUAUUUCUCGUCUACGGCCAAUGUCCCGGCGAUCAGCAAUCUUUGCUGCUACAAUUGAAGAACAACCUCACAUUUGACACUGCAACAUCUAAGAAACUUGUCAAGUGGAACAAAGGCUCGGAUCACUGCUCUUGGGAAGGAGUGUCCUGCAAAAAGGGUUGUGUUUCGAGUCUGGACUUGAGCAGCGAGGAAAUUACUGGUGGACUUGAUAAUUCGAGUUCUCUUUUCGGUCUCAAGUCAAUCGAGUACCUGAAUUUGGCUUACAACUUCUUCAACUAUACUCAGAUUCCAUCCGAGUUCAAGCAGCUAACCGGUUUGAGUAAUCUGAACUUGUCGAAUGCUGGCUUUGCGGGGCAGGUUCCGAUUGAGAUUUCACACCUGACGAGGUUGGUAACUCUUGAUUUGUCUACCUUUUAUUUCCCCGGAACUCCUUCUUUGAAUCUUGAGAAACUGAAAUUGGAUGUGCUGCUUGGGAACUUUUCUGAGCUUGUUGAACUUUAUCUUGAUGGUGUGAAUAUAUCAGCACAGGGGACUGAGUGGUGCCAAGCGAUUUCAUCUUCAUUGCCAAACUUGAGGGUAUUGAGCUUGUCCAAUUGUAACCUUUCAGGUCCUAUUCACAAGUCAUUACUGAAGCUUAAGUCACUCUCAGUUAUUCGUAUUGAGAACAACAAUUUGUCUACUCAAGUUCCAGAGUUCUUCUCGAAAUUCCACUAUUUGACUUCCUUACGAAUCAUGAAUUCUGGAUUAUAUGGUGCAUUCCCAAAGAAUAUCUUCAAGGUGCCGACACUGCAGACUAUUGACUUAUCCAGUAAUCCGCAGCUUAAAGGUUCCUUACCAGAAUUUCCAAAGAAUGGCUCUCUUCGAUCGUUGGUUCUCCAUGGGGCAAAUUUCUCAGGCCAGAUGCUUCCGAACUCUAUUGGGAACCUCAAAUUGCUGUCCAAAAUAGAUAUUGGAACUUGCAAUUUCACUGGGUCAAUCCCGAGAUCAAUGGAAGACCUUACACAGUUGGUUUAUUUGGACUUGUCGGCGAACAAGUUCAAUGGUUCAGUUCCAUCUUUCAGUAUGGCCAAGAAUCUGACCCUACUAGAUCUUUCUUACAAUCAGCUAACGGGUCAGAUUAAUUCCUCACGCUGGGAAAACCUGACUAGUCUGGUGAAUCUUGACUUGCGACACAAUCUACUUAAUGGGACUAUUCCACCAUCUGUGUUUUCUCUUCCCAUGCUGCAGAAGCUACAGCUUUCUGACAAUGAAUUUUCUGGUAAGUUGCCUGAAUUUGGUGCUAUAUCUGUACUGGACACACUUGAUUUGAGUAGCAACAAGUUGGAAGGGCCAAUUCCUAAGUCUAUCUUGAAAUUUCGAGGGCUUAAGAUUCUUUUACUAUCUUCAAACAACUUCACUGGCUCUUUUCUUCUGAAUGAUAUUCAGCAGCUAAAAAAUCUUUCGAGUCUCAAUCUUUCAUUCAAUAGCUUGUCUAUUAAUUACAAUGACACCAAUUCCUCUCAUUCUCCAUUUCCAAAUAUCACCACAUUGAAGUUAGUUGCUGGCAACUUGAGAAGAAUCCCAAGUUUCUUGAGAAAUCAAUCAAAAUUAAGCAUUUUGGACCUAUCACAAAACCAGAUUCAUGGUGAGAUACCCAACUGGAUUUGGAGGCUCAGUAAUCUUCUUCAACUAAAUCUUUCUUGCAACUCUCUGGUAACUGUAGAAGGUCCUUUCAUCAAUCUUAGUUCUACUUUGUCUCUGCUUGACCUUCACUCCAACCAGCUUCAGGGACAAAUUCCAAUGCUUCCAGGAUUGGCCACUUAUCUGGAUUAUUCAAGAAACAACUUCAGCUCAAGCAUUCCGGCUAACAUUGGUGAUUUCCUUACGUACACAAUGUUCUUCUCUCUUUCAAGCAAUCACAUCCACGGGAUCAUUCCAGAAUCAGUGUGCAAGGCGCCAUAUCUUCAGGUUCUUGAUUUGUCCAAUAAUUCUUUAAGUGGCAGAAUUCCGCAAUGCUUGACUGAGAUAAGCAGGACACUGGCAGUACUUAAUCUGAGAAGAAACAAACUUGAUGGCUCUGUCCCUAAUAAAUUUCCUCAGAGUUGCAGUUUAAAAACUCUCGACCUCAGUGGAAAUCAGAUAGCAGGUCUAUUUCCAAAAUCUCUUGCCAACUGCUCAAUGUUAGAGGUUCUAAACAUGGGAAACAAUCAGAUAAAGGAUAUCUUUCCUCACUUGUUGAAGAAUAUAUCCUCCUUGCGUGUCCUUGUUUUGCGAUCCAACCGUUUUUAUGGACAAAUUGGAUGUAACACGACGAGUGACGCCUGGCCAAAGCUUCAAAUUGUUGACAUAGCUCGCAACAAUUUUAGUGGUGAAAUACCAGGAACAUGUUUGAUAACCUGGUCAGCAAUGACGGCUGACGAAGAUGAUGCCAUGGCAAAGAUUAAUCACCUCCGAUUUCAAGUUCUGCAGUUCAGUCAGGUAUAUUAUCAGGAUGCUAUAACAGUUACCACCAAAGGUCUAGAGAUGGAAUUGGUAAAGAUCUUAACAGUCUUCACCUCGAUUGACAUCUCCUGCAACAAUUUCAUUGGAUCAAUACCUGAGCAAGUGGGAGACCUCAAAUCACUCUAUGGCCUAAACUUGUCCAUAAAUGCUUUCACAGGUACAAUCCCAUCAUCACUGGGUAACCUACGACAGCUUGAGUCCUUGGACCUUUCAGACAACAAACUGAGCGGAACAAUUCCACAAGGGCUUGUCAAACUUAAUUUCCUCUCUUUCCUGAAUCUCUCAAACAAUCAACUGGAGGGGAGAAUUCCAACUGGCACUCAGAUUCAAUCUUUUUCACCAGAUUCUUUCACUGGCAAUAAAGGAUUGUGUGGGGCACCUUUGCCUAAAAAAUGCAGUGAUACCAAAAUGUCACCAGAUGCAUCACGAACGGGUCGAAAUGAAGUGUCAAAAGUUGAUUGGCAGUCCAUAUAUACUGGAGUGGGUUAUGGAGUGGGAGCAGGAGUUGUUGUUAUCCUCUUAAUCGUGUGGGAAGAUGGAAGAAACUGGUUAGAGGACAGCAUUGACAAAAUUCUUCUGGCGAUUCUUCCAAUGAUGGGAUAUUCUUACAAAACUCGUGCUGAAUGGGACAAUGAGGAGGACGAAGACUUGGAAGAAGAGAGCACGUAUAUCAUGCAAGACUAUAGCGGAGACGAGAUUGUUUCAGAAGACAGAGUGUUUCGGGGUCCAUAUUGUGUGUUUUGUUCAAAACUUGAUAUGAGUAGGAAGAGGGCCAUCCAUGACCCAAACUGUACAUGCCGUUUCUCUCCACCUAUUACAUCUUCUUCCUCCUCUUCGCACUCAUUUUCUCCAUAG